AUAGUCAGCUUGAUCCUUCUAAGAAUCGAUGAGUUUCCCUUCAUUUGUUGACUGCAAGACUUGAAAGACUGAAAGGGAGAAGAGGACUGACAGCAGAAGUCAACCGCUGAAAAUGAGAUUUUGAAGUAAAUACUAUCACAAGGCAAGUCAACCAAGUCUCGUAAUGAAGAGGUUUCCUUUGAGGUGCAGUUUUAUUCUGUUAUGCUACAUAUUGCUUCAAAGAAAUAACAAAGUCGAGGCUUACAUAACCCGAACAGCAACACAUUGUUCGUCUGUACUGAGUACAAUAAACGACCAUGCUUUACUUGCAAAUGCCUUCAGCGUUCAAACGACCGCUGAUUUCUUUGCCUGUGCACAGAGUUGCUUGGGAGACAGUCGAUGUAUGUCAGUGAACUUCCACAGCGUUUCCAAUAACGGUCUUUGUGAGAUGAACACGGAUUAUGUUGACGGUGUUUUGGAGCAAUGUACUCGUCUGUACUAUAGGAAGGACUCUGUUUUUGGACAGCUUGUUAAUGUGUCGGAUCCAGUUUUUCAACCUGAAAUCGAAAAACCAGAACGCAAAGAAUAUUUCUUCACCACGCUCGGAGCCUCAGGACGUAUUGGCCCUACGAAUACCACCAAGUACGAUGGAACCCUUUUGGAAGGGAAAGUGACGUUGAGUGACGGAAUCCAGCUCUGGACUGUCCCUCAAACAGGAGACUACGUCAUUGAAUCAUUUGGCGCUUCCGGUGCUAACGGGACGUGUUUGGGAGAAACGAAUUGUACCGGGAAGGAAUGGAGACUAGGGGGUCUGGGAGCUGUAAUGAAAGGCACAUUCAAUUUGAGCAAAGGGACUAGGCUUAAGAUAUUGGUUGGUCAAGAAGGAUCACGAACAGAAAACUUUGGCACAAGACCCGGGGGAGGAGGAGGUGGGACAUUUGUCGUUCGUUAUGAUAACACUCCGCUAAUUAUCGCCGGAGGGGGAGGGGGAGGUGCACAACCGAAGUCGUCAGUCUGUCUUGACGGUGGUCCCGGGCUGGUAGGUGAAGAUGGGGGAGUGUGUGGAGGUUCAGGUGGUAAUGGGGGUCUUCAGUGUGAUGAAAUGGGAAGACCAGGGGCUUCCCUGGCUGGUGGUACCGGAGCAGGUUUCAACACCGAUGGCCUGGGCUUUCAGGCCUUUCGCCCUGGUAGCUAUAGCUUUAUCAAUGGGGGUAAAGGAGGAGUAGGACCUGCCGAUGUACAGGGCGCGUUUGGCGGAGGAGCGUUUGGUUUACAACAGCCUGGAGGGGGAGGAGGGUACUCGGGAGGGGGGCUGAUGGGAACGUCUGAUACCGGACAGGCUGGUGGAGGAGGGUCGUAUAACAACGGCACUAAUCCAUCUAAUAAAGAGGGGGCUAAUAAAGGAGAUGGAAAGGUUAUAAUUACUUACCAAUAAGGGUUUAGAAUUAUCUU